AUGUAUCAGGAAGAUUGUUGUGUACCGGGAACAGUCGACGGCGGAGACGGGGAUGAUCCACUCUAUACAAAUACGAGUUAUGAGCGAUUUCUGGUUAAGUGUACAUCAGGGGUUUCCAUCAAAGAAGACGUUUUUCUUUUGAAAGGAGAGAGGUUUCUUGAUGGAAAAUUGCUGCAGGCGAAAGGUGGAGCAACAGGAGCAGAAAAUAACACGGUCGUUUCUGUGACCUCUCCAUCCGAGUUCAUCUACAAAACCCACCGAGGCUUAUCAUGUCACUUCGAGAUACCAAACCACAACACUUUGUCAACACAGCUGGACUACCUAUCAAAUCUCACGCCCCACAGCCAAACCUACAACAAAACCUCCAGAAACAAAAGAGAUCUCCUAACCAGCCUGGAUGCCACCAAAAAAUUCCAAAUGAACUACGAUGAGUACCUCCUUCGCCAAGAGUUCCACAAAAGAAAUUACAAACACGAAGCACUGAUGAGAGCCCAUAAUUUGAGGAAACAUAAACUAAAUAGGCAGCACACGAAUGUGAAAGUUUCUAAAUUGAUCACGAAUCAGGAUAAAUGUGAAUUGAUCAGGUUUUAUGGAUGGAUGUUCACCUUGGCUUAUAUAGCUUUUGUGAUUUUUUUGGUGAGGUUUCUGAUUUUGUGCGAGUCUGCUGUUUUUACGAUGUCUCUGAUCACUAUGGCGUUGCCUUUUGCUGGAUUGUACUGGUCGGUGUUCAAAUUGGUGCCUCAGGGGAAUGUCGCUAUAGUCGAAUGGGGGCCUGCUGUUACUGGUGAAAUGAUUUGCUGUUUACUCGGAUUACCCAUAGUUAUGCUGGGUACAAUUUUGUUAUGCAAAGCACAUUUCAGAGACUGCAAGCAAAUAAGUUAUAGAUCGUUUGAUUCAGGAAUGGCCUAGUCGAUAUGGAGAUUUUCAUGUACAUAAGGACUAAAAAAAUUAUUUAU